AGGACCUCUACUGUACUUUAUAUAAUAAUAAUAAUAAUUAGAAUAAUAAUUAGAAUAAUAACCUGAUAUCUAGAGACAGAGCUCCUGUGAAGGGAUCAUGGAGCUGAACGUGGAGCAGCUGAAAGAAGCAGAGAGUGAGCUGAAGAGAUAUUUACCUGGAUCCCUGCAGGUGUACGGUGUUUUGAUGCUCAGAAACAGACUCACAUCAGACCGUAUGACGGUCUUUGUGGACCGAUGGCCUGACUUUAGUGUCCUUGUCUGCAGACCACAUUGUGAACAGAAAAAUGACCUCUUCAAAGACAUCAUGGUUUUUGCAAACGAUGAAACUCGUCUAGAAGAAACCUUGAGGAAGUCUUCUGUGGUGGACUGGACCAGGUACCUCUGUAUUGGCUGCAGUCAUCGUCACACGGAGAUAUUUAAAGCAGUGGCGUCUGAGAAGAACGUUCCCAGCUGCCAGCUUGCAGUGUGUCACGUGAUGAUCCUGGAGGAUGUUUCCAGCCUUCCCCCCGUGGACAGCUCGGAGGUCUCUCUCAGCUCUCUGGAUGAAUCACACAUCAGCCUGUUGAAUCGAACAUGGAAGUUUGGAAAGUGUGCUGAAGCUGUGAGGAUGAUCCAGAACAUGGUCACACACUUCCCUUCCUGCUGUGUCCUGGAUGCUGAGGGACAGCCUGUGGCCUGGCUCCUGGUGUACAGUAACUGUGCCAUGGGCAUGUUGUACACUCUGCCAGAGCACAGAGGGAAAGGUUACGCCAAAGUCCUGAUCUGCACCAUGGCCAAGAGACUCCACGCUGAGGGAUACCCGAUGUACUGCUUCAUAGAGGAGGAGAACGCGCUCUCCUACAAGCUCUUUACCAGCCUGGGCUUCACUGAGGAUCCUGCCUGCAGAUUUAUGUGGUUAGAGUUCAAUGAGCUUUAAACGACUUGAAAGAGUUUUUUUUAGAGCAGGGGUUCCCAAACUUUUCAGCCCCUGACCCCCAAAAUAUAGAUCCCAAAGACUCUUGACCUCCACUGUCCCUCAGAGUGAUUUAAUGUGUCUUCAUUCAGCUGAUAGGUGGAGCCGUUGCACCACCUUGAAUUGAAUCAGGCCAGAAGAACAACAUUCUUAACCACUACAAAAGAGCAGUCAUCCUCUCUUGAAGUCUUGCUGCUCUGUAGCUUUUAUGAUUAUAUUUUUUUAUGUGUCUCAUGUGAGACACUUUAAUUGCCUUCUUGCUGAAAUGUGCCAAAGAAAUAUCAGUGCCUUGCCCUGCCUUACCUUUUUCAAUUCAACUUCUGCACCUUGCAUCAGAGAAGGUGUAGAAGAGAGUGUUUUUAAUUCUGUGUUUACUUCAGACUCAUGUUGAUCAGUGGUGUACUCAGGGGGGGAGAGCCUCAUGUGUGAAAGAGAUCCUCUGGGGUUAGAUCAAACACUACAGAGUGCCUUCUCUGGUGACCUUUUAUUCAACAUUGCAUGAAACAGUGUCGUCUGGUUGCACCUCAAAUUUACAAAAUGUAAAAAUAAUAAUAAUAAAAGUUCUUUGUUUGCA